AUGUGCCUGGGUCAAUUUGUGUCCUUUUGUAGUGGGCAGAGAUCUAAAAUCAGAAUCCAUCGCCCGCUGCGAGUGAAACAUCAGUUCAUCGAGAGAUUCAGCCCCGAUUCACAGAGAUCCGUCGCGAGAGAACAGAAUUCAUCUCGAGAUUCAACCCCGAUUCACAGAUCCGUCGCGAGAGAACAGAAUCCAUCGCCUGCAUUUGGGGAAAUUCUUAAAUCCGUUGCGAGAGAACACAAUCCAUCGUCUCGAGAUUCAACCUCGAAAUUCUUAACCAUUUCAUCGCCCGAUUUCACAGGUUUGAAAAUGUCACAGACUUCAACCACUGAGAUAUUUGGAAGACCAAGUAGACUGAAGUAUGAAGAUCAAAUAUGUGAGAAAUGUGGAAUGAAACUUGCAGUUAGGAUUGCUAGUUCCCGAAGUCCAAAUUUUCAGAAACUCUAUUACGCUUGUGAUAGAGAUGGUGGAUUUAUGGGUUGGGCUAAUCCAAUAAAUGAAGACGAAGUAAGCAUAAGGGAAGAAGUUAGCACAAGCGAGAAAACUAUAGUAGAUCGUGAGAGCUACAAAGAUACAUUCAAAGAAAACCUAGCAUCACAGAAAACCUAA